AGCAUUUAUUGCACAUAGUUAAAGAUGGUGACGUACAAGUCUGUAAACUUGGGAGGGUGGCUCGUUGUUGAAGGAUGGAUCAAACCAUCUUUAUUUGAUAGCGUUCCAGACAAGGAUCUCAUGGAUGGAACUCAAAUUCAAUUGAAAUCUGUCGCAUUGGGUACCUAUCUUGUGGCAGAAGGUGGAGGCGGUGAAAAAAUUGCGGUAAACAGAAAUAGCCCUUCUGGGUGGGAGACAUUCAGGCUAUGGCGGGUAAAAGAAGGAAGCUAUCACCUUAGAGUGUUCAAUAAGCAGUUCAUUGCAGCCCAAAAUGGAGGAGGAGGAAUUGUGAAUGCUGUUGCAACAACACCCAGCACCUGGGAAACUUUCCAGAUCAUAAGGAACAAUUCCAACCCAAACAGAGUACAUAUCAAAGCUUUAAAUGGAAUGUACAUCCAGGCAAAAUCCCAAGAUCAGUUAACUGCCGACUUCCAAGGUGAUCCAGGGUGGGGGAAUAAUGCUGCAACUUUUGAGAUGACCAUUGUCAAAGGAUUGCAAGGUGAGUAUCAGCUCACAAAUGGCCUUGGACCUGACAGGGCACCGCAAGUCCUCAAUGAUCAUCGAAAUUCUUACAUCCAAGAGAGUGAUUUUACUUUUCUUUCCCAAAAAGGAAUUAAUUGCGUCAGAAUCCCCGUGGGAUGGUGGAUUGCAAGUGACCCGAAUCCGCCAGCUCCUUUCGUUGGAGGAUCCCUUCAAGCUCUGGACAAUGCAUUCUCCUGGGCCAAGAACCAUAACAUUAAAAUUAUAGUAACUCUUCAUGCUGCUCCGGGUUCCCAAAAUGGAGACGAACACAGUGGGGCGAGAGAUGGCUACAUUGAAUGGGAUUCAGAAGACAACAUGAAUAAAAGCCUCUCAGUAAUUGACUUUCUUGCUUCCAGGUAUGCCAAUGAUAGUGCUCUUUUAGGAAUUGAGCUGUUAAAUGAGCCUCGUGCACCUGAUAUAGCAGUGGAUAAAUUGCGGACAUACUACAGAAAUGGCUAUAACACUAUUAGAAAGUAUUCUUCCACAGCUUAUGUGGUGAUGUGCAAUCGAAUUGGCCCUGCUGAUCCCAAAGAAUUGUUUGAAAUGAACAAUGGUUUAGCACACACUGUAGUUGAUGUGCAUUAUUACAAUUUAUUUGAUGAUCAGAGGUUCAAAGGGAUGACUGUUCAACAGAACAUAGACCAUGUGUAUGGAGAUAGAGGUUCAACUUUGAGCAGUCUAGUGAAUGCCAACGGUCCUCUCAUCUACGUCGGGGAAUGGACAUCAGAAUGGGAAGUACAGGGUGCAUCAAUGUCGGACUAUCAAAGAUUUGGACAAGCACAGUUGCAAGUUUAUGGAAAGGCUUCUUUUGGAUGGGCUUACUGGACACAUAAGAAUGUCAAUGGCCAUUGGAGUUUUGAGUGGAUGGUCAAAAAUAAUUAUCUGCAGCUAUGAUUCGAAAAAGUGAUAAGGAGCAAUCAAGCUUAGUGUGACAUUUCAAUUGAAUAAACUAACUAUU